UCCGGUUGAGGUCUCAGUUGUGUUGUGGAUCCAGGUGUGUGAGGAGGGAACAUGUGGGGCCAUACGCAGGUGUCUCUGGUGUUGGUGGCUCUUGUUGUGUUGGCCACAGUGGUAAACACUCAGAAACCGAUAAACAUACUGGACCUGCCGGCAGGGUCUUCCUGCACAGCUCACACAGGCGGCCCCGGAACCUGUCUUAAUAUCCGCAAGUGUCCAUUUGUUGGUCAGACGUACCGCCUCAACAUGCCAGUCAUAUGUGGGUACAGCGGCGUCUUCCCCAUUGUCUGUUGCCCUUCAACUGGAGGAGACAACACAGCGGCCAUCGGGGACAUCUCUCCACCUUCCGUCAGCUUCCAAUGUGGAACAAACCCCCGGAAAACUUUUACUUUGUUACUCAAGAGUCUUGGUGAUGAGGUCAUCUUGAGGCCUGAAGCUACCACCAGUCGCCCGGUGGCGUUUGAGAGACCCACUCCCUCCGGGGAGUCUGCCAUCUCCAGUCGACCUCGCCCUGGAAUUCCUGCGGACGCUUUUAAUGAUCCGUCGGCGCGUGUGGAACGUCCACUUUCUUCUGUAAAGCGCCAAGAAGGUGGCUUGGCCGCACAAGCACAUCCUGCGGGUUCACUAGAGCCCAUAAAUGGUGCUGUAGGCUUCGCAGUUGGUGGAGUAAUAGCCGAAAAGAACGCCUGGCCAUGGAUGGCACUGCUCGGGGACACCAAUGAACAGGGCAAGAUCACAUGGUUCUGUGCAGGAGCGCUCAUCAACGAGCAGUGGGUCCUUUCCGCUCUUCAUUGUUUCUUGUUCACGACAGUGACAGUGGUGCGCCUGGGUGAACAUGACUACAAUGAUGAUGGAGACGGCGCCGUUCAUGAGGACUUCGGUGUGGCAGAGACCAUCUUGCAUCCUGACUACGUGCACCCCCAGGGCUACCACGACCUAGCUCUUCUCAAGCUAAACCGUAGAGUGAUAUUGAAGCCAUUCAUCAACCCGGUGUGUCUACCGUGGGGGCAGGAGAGCAUCAACGACCUGACUGGCACGAAGGUUACUCUUACUGGCUGGGGUGCCACUCAGUUUGCUGGUGAGCCAAGCUCGGUGCUGCAGGAGGUGGAGAUAACAGUAUUCCCAUCCUCAGACUGUGACAAGAGUUACUCUACUCUAGACGAUUAUCUCAAAAAGUUCCCAAGAGGCAUCGGGAAGGAGACCGUGUGUGCUGGAGACCGAGCGGGAGGAAGAGACGCCUGCCAGAGUGACUCUGGUGGCCCCUUGGUAUCGAGGAACUCAGCUGGGCAAUACACCAUGGCAGGCGUCGUGUCUAGUGGGGUUGGCUGUGGCCUCAAGGACUUCCCCGGCCUGUACGCCAACAUCCGUGAGGAGCAGUACCUCGCCUGGGUCAAGAAGACUGCCUUCUAAGAACACCUUCCUCCUUCACAAGACUUUUAUAAGACUUUCUGACCAAAUCUGGAAUCCAUUGAUAAAUAUAGACCUAUAGUUGCAAAGAAGUUCAUCUCCUUGAAUUGGUUAAAUGUUAUUUGAGUACUGAACAGGUGUGACCAUUAUUAUAUGACUCUGUUAUUAAAGGUUUAUGAGUCACAAGCAUAGUUGACAUCAACAAGGUUAAUGGUACAUAACUAACUGGAGAAGUGUGUCACUAUCCAGAGAACUUCGUUCACCACGCCCAGUUUGUGACAAGUUAUGUGUUCACCCUGACCUUGUUAUAUGAAGAACAAGCAAGUUCAAUAUCAACUUAUUAAGUUCUUACUGAGAAAUUUUACUGACAACUGAAAUAAAUCAUUGUUAGACCAAUAAAUUAUUACACAUGAUAAUUGUUAUAUGAUCCAUUAAGUUAUUUUAUGCUAUCAUUUUAGAAUAAAUAUUGAUCACCUGA